ACAACCCCAACUGCUGUACCUCCUACCACAACUGAGGGUCCAACCACAACAGAGGGGCCAACCACGAUCACAAAAUCUACAUCUCCAACCGCCGUACCUUCUACUACAACUGGUGGGACAACCACAACCACAAAAUCUACCACUCCAACCGUCAUACCUCCUACCACAACAGAGGAGCCAACCACAACCACAAAAUCUACAACCCCGACCACCGUACCUCCUACUACAACUGAGGGGCCAACCACGACCACAAAAUCUACAUCCCCAACCGCUGUACCUUCUACUACAACUGGUGGGACAACCACAACCACAAAAUCUACAACCCCAACCGCUGUACCUCCUACCACAACUGAGGGUCCAACCACAACAGAGGGGCCAACCACCACCACAAAAUCUACAUCUCCAACCGCCGUACCUCCUACCACAACUGAGGGUCCAACCACAACAGAGGGGCCAACCACCACCACAAAAUCUACAUCUCCAACCGCCGUACCUUCUACUCCAACUGGUGGGACAACCACAAAAUCUACAUCCCCAACCGCUGUACCUUCUACUACAACUGGUGGGACAACCACAACCACAAAAUCUACAACCCCAACCGCUGUACCUCCUACCACAACUGAGGGUCCAACCACAACAGAGGGGCCAACCACCACCACAAAAUCUACAUCUCCAACCGCCGUACCUCCUACCACAACUGAGGGUCCAACCACAACAGAGGGGCCAACCACAACCACAAAACCUACAACCCCAACCGCUGUACCUUCUACUACAACUGGGUCCAACCACAACAGAGGGGCCAACCACCACCACAAAAUCUACAUCUCCAACCGUCAUACCUUCUACGACAACUGGUGGGACAACCACAACCACAAAAUCUACCACUCCAACCGUCAUACCUCCUACUACAACAGAGGGGCCAACCACGACCACAAAAUCUACAUCCCCAACCGCUGUACCUUCUACUACAACUGUACAACCCCAACUGCUGUACCUCCUACUACAACUGAGGGUCCAACCACAACAGAGGGGCCAACCACCACCACAAAAUCUACAUCUCCAACCGCCGUACCUUCUACUACAACUGGUGGGACAACCACAACCACAAAAUCAACAACCCCAACCGCUGUACCUCCUAGUACAACUCAGAGUCCAACCACAAGCACAACAGAGGAGCCAACCACGGCCACAAAAUCUACAUCUCCGACCUCUGUACCUCCAAGUACAACUGGUGGGACAACCACAACCACAAAAUCAACAACCCCAACCGCUGUACCUCCUAGUACAACUAAGGGACCAACCCCAACCACAACAGAGGAGCCAACCACGACCACAAAAUCUACAUCUCCGACCUCUCUACCUCCUAGUACAACUGGUGGGACAACUUCCAUUUCCACAACACCUGAAUCACCUGUCACUGGUUCCACAUCCACAGUGCAUCCACCAACAGCCCCCAUUAUCAGCACCCAGACAACCCCAGCAUCUCAAACUACACCAUCAACAAUAACCACACUGAGUUCCACGACACAAUGCUUCUGUGUAGUUAAUGGCAAGCAAUAUAAGCCAGGGGAGAAAAUACUUGACAUGGAACACAUUGGAUCAGGUAUAUGUCUCACAAUGAUAUGUUCUAAUAGUUGUGAGAUUAGCAACCAGACCGGACCUUGCAGGUCGACACCUUUGCCUACACCCACACCCACACCUGUACCUGACUGCCCUGAAUGGGGUGUAGCACAAAAUGAGACCUUCUAUCUGUGCAACUGCACCUUGGCAAGAUGCAUUGAGAACAAUACAAUUGAAAUAAUUCCUUAUGAAUGUCCACCCCUUGAACCCAUCACUUGUACCAAUGGAAAGAAACCUGUUCUCGUGUAUGAUGAGUACCACUGCUGCCAACAUUACGUUUGUGACUGUGUAUGUGAAGGCUGGGGAGAUCCUCAUUAUAUAACAUUUGAUGGAUUGUACUACAGCUAUCAAGGAAACUGUACUUAUAUCUUGAUGGAAGAGAUUACACCAACACAUAACCUAAAGAUUUAUAUUGAUAAUGUUAUUUGUGAUGUCACUGAAGAUGUCUCCUGUCCUCGAUCUAUAAGUGUAUCCUAUGGUUCACAAGUUGUCAAACUCAAGAAUCACAACCUCAUUGGAGCAGCAAAGUUGGAGGCAUUGAAGGAAGGAGUACCUGUUAAACUACCUUAUUCACAACAAGGUGUGAAGAUCAUGAAUUCUGGCAUUACCUUGGUUUUGGAGAUCCCUCGCUUAAAAGUGGUCAUUACAUAUGGAAUAACUGGCUUCAGUGUGACCCUUCCCUUUCAAUACUUUGGCAGAAACACACAGGGCCAUUGUGGAACAUGCAACAACAACCAGGCUGAUGACUGCAUGUUGCAUGGAGGCAAACUGGUACAAAGUUGCACUGUGAUGGCUGACUACUGGCUUAAAAAAGACACUGAAAGACCUGACUGCAAGAUACCCUCUGUACCCCCCUCCCCUGAACCUUCACCAACCCCAACUCCAUGCAAGAAUCAAGACUCCAUGUGUGGUCUACUUAAGAGCAGAGUCUUUGCACAGUGCCAUCCCUUUGUCACUCCUGACAAAUUCUACCAAGGUUGUGUUUUUGAUAGCUGCCAUGUUUCCAACCCAGUGGUGCAGUGCACAAGUUUGCAGGUUUAUGCUGCUGCCUGUGCGCAGGCAGGGGUUUGCUUGCACUGGAGGAACCACACCAAAUUGUGUGCCAGUGACUGCCCAUCAAACACAAUUUACAAGCCAUGUGGUCCUGCAGAACAGCCAACCUGUGAAGACAACUCCAAUGAACCUACCAUGAACUUCACUACUGAGGGCUGCUUUUGUCUUGAUGAAAUGAAACUCUUCACCAAAGCGUCUGGUAUAUGUGUUGAUAAGUGUGGAUGUCUUGAUCCUGAGCGCAAUGCUCGUGAGUUAAAUGAAAAGUUUGAGUACAAAUGCCAAAACUGCAUCUGUGAGGAGUCCACCAAGACUGUGACUUGCAAGCCCAAGGUGUGCCCACCACCAACCGUAACAAACUGCACUGGUCCAGGGUUCGUCCUUGUCAACCAGACAAAUCCAUUGGACCCUUGCUGUCCUGACUCUGACUGCCAAUGUAACAACAACACUUGCCCAGCCCAAAAUAUGGAAUGUCAAGUUGGAUAUUGGCUAAUUGUCAGUGAACUGGAUGGAAAAUGCUGUCCAGAGUAUAAAUGUGAGCCUAAAAGAGUGUGUGUCCACAAAGACAUUGAAUACCAGCCUGGUGCUUCAGUUCCUGGAAGUGAAUGUCAGAAUUGCACCUGUACCAAUACGAUGGACUCCAACUCUAGUCUACUCAAAAUAGUUUGCGACGUUCGGAAAUGUGAAAAGAAUUGUGAAAUGGGAUAUGAAUAUGUGAAAAUUAAUUCACAUGAAUGCUGUGGGAGUUGUGUACAGACAAACUGUGUCUUAAAUGUUAAUGGUACCAAGCGGCUCUUAAAGCAAGGAGAAACCUGGUCAACACCUGAGAACAAGUGUUAUGAAUACACCUGUAUUAAGAGCCAUGAGACCUUUACAGUUAUCAUUUCACACACGGUGUGCCCGGCAUUCCAGCAGAGCAACUGCCAACCUGACACAAUUCAAACUGCAGCAAAUGGCUGCUGUAAAAUUUGUGUGGAGAAGGAGAAGGCCUGCAAGUUAGUAUCCAUGAAAACCCGUAUUAAACACAAGGACUGUUGGGCUAAGGAGGAGGUAGAUGUUCCAUAUUGUGAGGGAUCCUGCAACACUUUCACCAAGUACUCUGCAGGUGCUAUGCAGCAUUCUUGCACAUGCUGUAAGGAGGCACGCUACAGCAAUCGCACUGUUGACUUGCAAUGUCCCAAUGAAAAAGUGGUUCCUCACACAUACAUCCAUGUGGAGGAGUGUGGAUGUAGCCACACAGACUGCACCACAGCUGCAGGACAUCCAGCUCGCAAGAGGCGAAGCUUCACACUGGUGUAAUUGAAAAUCUGUCCUCACAUUCAUCAAUGUGGGAUGAGAAAGUUCUUCCCAAAUGUCCCACCAAUCAUUAUAUCUCUUACAAAUAUCUAUCAUUCUAGAUACUCUCUUUAUA